AUGGUAAAAACUCCCAAACCACCAAAUGUAGCCGCACCAAUUAAACGACAAGAUAAACAAUCUUUAUAUUCGUUUGGAGGUUUAGAUGAUAAUUGUGUAGCGUCACCUUUAGUUCUGUUGGGAGAAAUCUUUUUUAGAAAACUUGUCCAAUUUCGGAAAUCAUUUGAUAUUUCAAUGGGAUGA